CGUCGACGUUUUCCUGGACUCUCGCUGAUGUCAUUGGAUUCUCGCCAGAAGCAGGAAUCUGGGUCGUUUCGGAGGCGGUGCGAGUAUAUAGUAUUCAUUCGAAGGAUGACACUCUCGAGCCGUUUGCAUCCCAUCACCUUCCUUCACAUCUCUGAAUAUCCUCUCGCCGCGACUGUUCCUCCAUCACAUUACUGGGAACUUUAUGGCCCCACUUUUCUCUUGGUAUGUCAUCGAAAGUUGCGUUUGCGCUGCUCAUAGCUCAGAGUACAUCGUAAACAGGCGAGGUACGCGCGAAGAUCAUGAGACUGCAGUUCAAGGCAGUGAAGGUGGAGAGAUGCAGCCGAGGACAGUCAUCGCUAUUGUAGGGGCGAUAGUCUGCUUCGCAUUACUGCUACUUGGUUUCUGGUUGGUCGCUCGGAAACCACGGUCUCUUUCCAGGCCCGGUGGCGACCGUCCCAAUGAUCCCCCACAACCGCGUUGGAAGUGUUGUGACUUCAGCCGAUGGUUUUGUCUACGGAGAGCCGGGAGUCCUGCCAAUUCUCGCGACGUUGCAGUUCAAGCACCUGUUACCCUCCAUCAAACCAAUCCAAGGUUAUCGCACGCAGCCCCUUCCCUCGCGUACACUCACAUAACGGAGGAAACGGUCAAUAACUUCCACAGUGGGGCCUUCGACCUGGACGAAGAAAUCGGGGAAUUCAUGAUGCAGCACGCUGGACGUACUGGGCUCGUGGGUGUCGACGGCACGGUCACAGAUAUUGAAGGAGGUAUUAUGGGGAAAACCAAGAAGUCGGAGGUUGUAGAUGGGGUCGUGACUUCCACCGUUCGUACUAGCGGUGAUGUGUAUGCUCACAGCGGCUUUACGAGCUAGUUGGAUGUCGUUUAAGAACGACGGGGUGGGGCGUAGCGGGUUCUGAUAAUCUCGGUACUGCAACAGACGCCACAAAAUUUGUACAGCACGUAGGGGCUGUACAGCCUAAUAUGGUAAAGACAGGAAUAAUUAUUUUUAGGAUAACUCCUGCAGCUGCUCCAGCGUCAAUACUAUUUACCAAGUGGAAGCAAGUGUCUGCUACACCCGACGAGAGGUUGCUGUGUCUGACGAACAACAACAUCUGUGCUCUGGGACACCUACGGAGC